GUUUUCGUUAUGAGUCGAGGUUUUUAACAGACACGUAAAACGUAAAUGACAUAUAGCGCACCGUUACGCUGGUUGCGCACAGUUGUGCAGUGAUAACUAUACGUGUUGCAAGACGUCCACUGAUGUCCACGGAACGAUCUGAUCAUCGAUAUCAAAGAUAAAAGUGAAGUUAUCAUUCAUCACGAUAAAGGUGGACAUUGCAUGAUUUUGCCGUUUUAUCUGCAAAGCAAGCUCGCUUGUAACAAUUCCGACCUUGAUUCCGACAUGUCCGAUUAUUUUGCGGAGAUGAGCUGGACGCCUCUAGGUGACGGAGAGACGCCGAACCAUCUGAUUCAAAUGGCACGGUUCCUGCGGGAUUUUGGCAUGUGGGACUUGGUCGGACAGGACACGGAACUUCCACCACCAGCGUCGAAGGAGGCGGUGGCUAAUUUACCGGAGAUUAAGAUUGAAUCCGGUGAGACGAAGCAGUGUCCGGUUUGCCUGAAGGAAUUCGAAGCGGACAGUAAAGCAAAAUCGAUGCCCUGCCAUCAUGUGUUUCAUCAAGAAUGUAUCGUACCGUGGUUAGAGAAGACUAACUCGUGCCCGCUCUGUCGAUACGAAUUGCCAACAGACGAUGAAGACUACGAAAUGUACAGGAAAGAGAAGAAACGAGCGGUAGAAAGAGAGAAGGACUUGAUAUCAUUGCAUAAUUCUAUGUUUACGUAAAUAUUUAAUUGAAAAGUUAUCUUUCAUUCCAUAUCUUAAGCUAAGGAUUAUAUCACUACAAUUAAAAAUAUUCACAUUAUUCAUAAGUAAGAAUCUUGAAUUACUGGUAGUCGGAAAGAUAGUCAGCGAUUGUAUAAUCAAUGUAAUGAUUUAUACUUCUUGUUCAUUAAAGAAAGUGUCUUGUAAUCAAAAAGAUAUAAAAAACAAAUAUGUAAAGCAUAUAUAUUUUGUAUAUACUGUACAUCUCUAAAAUGCGAUAUUGUGCCGAGGAUUUCAACAACCUCUAAUUUGUGGUGCGAAAGACGAUUGAAUAAAGAAGAGACAUGAAUUAUUAAUAGGAAAUAAUGUUUAUUAUACAGUGUACAUAUUUAUUAACUUCAUUUAUUUUUAUUUCUGUUAUAAAUUUUAUAUUAAUAAUUGUAUUAUAUUUUUUUGCCGAGCGACGAAUGCCUUGAUCAGUGUGCGCUUAGACUAUAACAAUCUCCGUAAAAAGUAUAGAAACUUCUGAUUUUUA